AUGUUUCCAACCUUUUCUCAGCUUCUUCGGGUGGAUCAAAUGUCGGUCUUAUGGCUCAAUUAUUUCAUUAAGAAGCCGGGCCUGAACUGUAACAAAGACGAUGUGGCUAGUUACAGCCCGGCCCUUGAUGGGUUAACUGAGCCCGAAGAUCGAACUGUAACAAAGAACAGUGGAUCAACUGUCAACCUCUCGAGUGCAACAUCAUCAAAUGCCAAGUCUGGUCAGAGCUUUCUCCGAAGGCCCUGUCCUCACCCUGGCAAGCAGUAUGGGGGCGGGAUUCAUUCAAUUUCUGAAACUCAGAAAUUCCAGUGUCAGCAUCUCGAAGUGUCUUCAGGACACAACAUAUCUAUCCUGGAGCAGAAGCCAGAAAUGUCUGGAUAUUCCGCUGAGAUUACUCAUGGCAGCCCGUGGAGUACAAAAUCACACGUUGCAGCGGUCACAUGCCCGACUUCGGAAUAG